UUGAUAAAGAAGGGUCCAUGCUUCAUGAAGUUUAUGAUAUGUGGGAUAACAUGAUUGAAAAAAUUCAAAGCAUCAUUUUUAGGCAUGAGAAGAAGAAUGUUGCACUUGAUGAUUCUGAGUUUUUCGAUCAUGUGCAUAGAAUUUUAGUAAGAAGAUGGAACAGAAGCAAUAACCCUUUGCAUUGUAUGGCACACUCCUUAAAUCUCAAAUAUUAUGGACAAACAUGGUUUGCAGGAGGUACUGGUCGUGUUCCUCCUAAUCAAGAUCCAGAAAUAUCAAAAAAUAGGGAGAUAUGUUUGGGAAGACUAUUUUUUGAUCCUCAUCGGUUGAAGAUAAUAAAUAAUGAUUUUGCGACCUUCUCUGGUGGAAGAAAUUAUUCAAUACAAGCUGCAAUGGCAAGAGAUGAAGAAGAUCUUGUUCAUUGGUGGUUAUGUUUUGGAGCAUGACACCAAAUCUCCAUCAACUUGCAUUGAAGUUAUUAUCUCAACCUGCAACCUCUUCAUGUUGUGAAAGAAAUUGGAGCACUUAUUUUCAAAUUCACAACAUCAAGAGAAAUCAGCUAACUAGUAAGCGAGCAGAAGAUUUAGUUUAUGUCCUCUCCAACCUAUGCUUACUUUCACGUACUUCAGAUGAUUACAGUUCAGGAUCAUCCAAGUAUUGGGAUGUUAAUCCAAAGGACAUUGACGUAGACCUUGAAGGAGAACAUGAUUUGCAUGCUCUUAAUAUGGAUCUUACAGAACUUGUUGUUCCUUCUAAUCUUGAUGAUGUGACUGAGGAGAAUGAGAAUUAACAAAGCUGAUGUAUUUUGAAUGUUAAUUACGCGA